CAUCAUGGUCAUUAUCAGACCACUCAGGAGGCAGGGGAGUUCAUGGUGACGUUCCCCUACGGCUACCACGCUGGCUUCAACCACGGCUUCAACUGUGCAGAGUCCACCAACUUCGCCAGUCUCCGAUGGAUAGACUACGGCAAGGUGGCCACACAGUGCACAUGCAGCAAGGACAUGGUGAAGAUCUCCAUGGAGCCCUUCGUGAAGCGCUUCCAGCCCGACCGCUACCCCGCCUGGAUGCUGGGGAAGGACCCCACGCAGAUAGACCACACCGCCGCCACCCCCAGGACCACGCCCGAGCUGCAGACCUGGCUGCAGCGCCGCCAGAAGAGCAAGCCCUCCAAUAAGAGUACCACGCAUUCCCGUACUCGCUCCAAGCGGCUCAGGACCACGGAGGAGCCCCCGGGCCUGGAAGGAGGUGCAGCCCUGAGCGGCGGCGGCGGCUGCAGCAGCAGCAGGAGCAGGAGGAGAGGUCUAGCAGGAGGCCCACUGGGACCCAAGGUACGCCGAUCUCAGCAACACACAACCUGCACGCCAGGAGAGGAGGAGGAGGAGGAGGAGCAGGAGGAGGAGGAGGAGGAGGAGGAGAAGGAGGAAGACCACCAGAACUCUCUCCGCCUCCCUGACCCCUGCAGACAGAUGUGUGUGGUCAAGGUGAACCGGGUCGAGAGCGACAGACUCAACCUUUGUAAAUCAGAGCCAUCCCAAACCUCUCUCUCCCUCCCCCCUCACCCCUCCGGCCCACCGUGUGAGAAAGCCCCCUCGGUAAUCGCCGUGGCUCCCAGUAAACCCAAAGGACCCUCGGUCGCAGAGGUCAAACCUCUCACCGCUCAAAGAGCCAAUUGCGAGUCUGUGGCGGCCCUCUCGGACCCUCUUGGACCGCGGGACCUGGCCAGCCCUCCGGACCACUCCAGAGGGAUGAGCCCACAGAGCAGCCGCCCGGCGGCCCCCUGCCCCCGUACGGCGGCUAACCUCACGGUGUGGCUGCAUCCUCUGCACUCAGACAGCCACCCGUCGGGCCCUUCACCCAGCGAGGGAGCCUCUCGACCCGGAACGAGGACUGAGGAAGAGGGGGGCGGGGCGGAUCGGCAGGGUGCCCUCGAAGCUGAGGGGCCGGCUGCCACCACCGCUCACACACACCGCACCGCGGGGGCGUUUCAUAACGGCGCGUUGGCCGAGGGCGGCAGGGAGACGUCGGCCCGCGGCUCUCACCGCUCGCCCCUAGAGCCGUGGCCCCCCGACUUCGCCCCCCCCGGCGGCGUGGCGGCAGAGGAAAACCUUUUCCCGCCUCUCCUCACUCCCGAGCUGCCGGCAGAGGGGCCCGAGAGCGGCCCCGCUCCCCCCGUGCUCACCCAGGAGAUGCCGUCCCUGACGCACGCCGACGCCGGGCUGAGCGAAGUCGCGGCGUCCCCGCCGCGGCCGCCUCAGCAGGGGGCGCCUCUGCUGAGGCGCCAAACGCCGGCGGACCCCCCGGCGGCCUUCGCUGAGGCGGACCUCGCCGGGGGCGACGUGACGGCGGCGGCGGCGCUCUCUCGCACGCCUUCUGAGCCUGAUGUUCAGCGCGAGCGGCUAGCGAGUGACGGCGGGGGUCCCGGGGUCCCCACCACCGCGGGCAGCGCUGCUGACUUAAGAACUGCUGCCGCCGCGGAGAGGGCCCACACCACGUUACGGCAUUUCAGCCUCAGAGACGGCGCCGCCGUCGCAGAGCUCCCGUUUGAACUAGCAGAGCCCGCGGCCUCCGAGCACCGCGCGGCCGCAGACGAAGCCCCGAUCCUGCUCGGCACCGACUCGUUUAUGCCCAACGUCUCGAGCCACGACCACAGAGUCCUCUCGGCCCCCCCGCAGCUGCAAAAGCUCGGGCACCAAAUGGACGACGCUCUCUUCGAGCCCGGCGCCUUCUCGUCGUCCGGCUACUCAUCGAGCCCCUACGAGGAGCCAAAGCCCUUCUCCAGCAGCAUCUGGAAGAACCUGACCUCCCCGAGCCCCGCCGUGCUCAUCCAGAGCCUGCACGCCGACUUCGCCCACGAGAACCUCCCUUACACCAUGUGGACCGAGCCCCAGUACAAGGAGGUCACGGACCCCGACGGGCCCCGCCCCGACGGCGACGCGGCCAAUCAGGAAGAAGGGGGCGCGGCUCUCACCUGGGCCCAGCUGGAGCCCACCUCGCUGCUGUCGGUGGGCACCGCCGAGCCCCCGGGGCUGGCGGCGGAGUACGAGCCCUGCAGGGGGGACGCGGAGGCGAUGGGGGCCCAGGGAGGGCGCAGGGAGCCGGGUACGGCCGGUGCCCCGGGCUGCCUGGGUCCCGUCACUCCGGUCUCCUUCAUGGCGGGAGAGGGGGACGGGCGGGAGGAAGAGGAGCAGAGCAGGGCCCGGGGGGACAGUAGCAGUGAGUCAUCCCCAUCGUCGGAAGAGGACGAGGAGGAGGAGGAGGAGGAGGAGGAAGACGAGGAGGAAGAUGAGGGAGACUGCAUGAGUGACUAUGAGCAGUGUGAUGCGAGGCUGGAACCUGGAGAGGUCUGUCCGUACCCUGCUCAAUCCGUGAAGAGGACGAGUAAGAGCUGGCGCCACCCUCUGAGGAAACCCACGGCCAGGGCUGUGCCCACUGCUGUGAAGCAGCAGACCACUAGCGACGAUGAGCCCAUGGACGUCAACCCGGCCGACGGCGGCGAACAGGAAAUGGAGCUCUGGGCUAAGCCCCUCCUCUUCCUGUGGCAGAGCAGGAAGCCGUGUUUCACAGCGGAGAAGGAGUACAACGCCAACGCCGCCACCAUGCAGCCGCACUGCGCCGUGUGCACGCUCUUCAUGGCCUACUACCAGGCUGAAGACAAAGUGGAGGACGCCAAGUCCUCCCCGGGGUCCGCCGUCCACGCCGCCCCGCUCCAGGGCCCCUCCUCCCCGGGCCCCCCCAACCACGGGGGUCUGAGGAGGACCAAGCCCCUGGUGCCGGAGAUCUGCUUCUCCUACCGGGAGCAGAACGGGCCGCCCACCCCCACCAACCCCCGGCUGCAGGAGGACGGCUCCUCGGCGCUGCUCUCCUGCCAGGGCUGCUGUCUGCAGGUCCACGCCAGCUGCUACGGAGUCACGGCGGAGGACGUCAGAGAGGAGUGGUCAUGUGACCGCUGCACGGCGGAGCGCUUCAACGCGGAGUGCUGCCUCUGUAACCUCCGGGGCGGCGCGCUGAAGAGGACCACAGAUGACCGGUGGGCCCAUGUGAUGUGCGCCAUAGCUCUGCCAGAGGCGAGGUUCAGCCACGAGGCUAAGAGGAGUCCCAUCGACACCAGCAUGAUCCCUCUGCAGAGAUACCGCCUGAAGUGCACCUACUGCCACAAGCGCUGCGCGGGGAAGCGGCACGCCGGGGCCUGCAUCCAGUGCUCCUACGGCCGCUGCCCCACCUCCUUCCACGUCACCUGCGCCCACGCGGCCGGCGUCACCAUGGAGCCCGACGACUGGCCCUACGUCGUGUCCAUCACCUGCCACCGGCACCAGUCACGGAGCUCCGCUGCGCAGCGGGCCAGCGAGGCGGCCAUCUCCCUGGGCCAGACGGUCAUCUCCAAGCACAAGAACCUGCGUUACUACAGCAGCAGGGUGACGCAGGUCAGCUCGCAGGCCUUCUACGAGGUCAUGUUCGACGACGGCUCCUUCUCCAACGACACCUACCCCGAGGACAUCGUGAGCCGGGACUGUGUGAGCCUGGGGCCCCCCGAGGUGGGGGAGGCGGUGCAGGUCAAGUGGCCCGACGGCCUCUACUACGGAGCCAAGUACCUGGGGUCCAACACCACCCACAUGUACCAGGUGGAGUUUGAAGAUGGCUCCCAGGUUUUGGCCAAGAGGGAGGAUGUGUACACCCUGGAAGAAGACCUGCCUAAAAAGGUGAAAGGAAGACUUUCCACGGCCUCCAGCAUGCGCUUCCAGGACACCUUCUUCACCACGCAGGUGGAGAGGAAGCGCCAGCGCACGCCCAACUCCCGCUUCCAGAAGGACUACGUGGCUCUGUCGGCCAGGAGCUCCUGGGAGCCACGCAGCCCGAAGGGCAAGUGAGGAAGACCACCAUGAGGAGGAAGAAGGAGGGGUUGGAUUAACCUGCAGAUCAACGACAAAUGAAUGCACUGAAUUGAGAGGGGAUUUGUGAUGGAUGGGGGGGGGGGGGGGGGGGGGUGGUGGUGGUGUGUGUGUGUGUGUGUGUGUGUGUGUGUGUGUGUGUGUGUGUGUGUGUGUGUGUGUGUGUGUGUGUGUGUGUGUGUGUGUGUGUGUGUGUGUGUGUGUGUGUGUGUGUGUGUGUGUGUGUGUGUGUGUGUGCGUGCGCGAAGCUGGCGCUAGGAUGGAGCCUAGGAUCUCUAAUGUCCGCACCACAGAGGUUAUGCACAGUGUUAAAGGCUGAGGCAGUCUGUACUACCAUCCCUCUCCUUAAAUCAAGUUUUUUUUUAGUUUUUUUCCUGCUCCAUACUGAGACUGAGAAUCAGAUUUGACGGUCUGCACUGGCCGUUGGUUAUCCAUUGUUAUGGAUCAGUGUUUAGGUAGUUCCAGCAUUAUCAGGCUCAGCGUGGGAUCAGCUGGAUGAACAGACGGCUGUGCUCUAGCGGCUAUGGAUAACAUUGUCACGCUUUGCCACCGCCAUAACGUUUCAUAUCAGGGCGGCGGGAAUCAUGAAAAGCACCAAGGAUUCAAGUGUUUCUUUGUAGUCGAGUCGUUUUGAGUUGCAUGAUCAAAAACCCAAAGGAUAACGGGUGGGGCAGUGGGCAGCAGGGAUCAGGGGUUGGAGGUUUAAACACCCUUGAAGGGACCAGGAGUCCCGGGUCGCUUUCUGGACGGCCACUCUGGUGCAGUCGAUCAGAGCGCAUUAUGAUCACAUUUGUCAGGGAAUAAAAGCAAACAAAAUCAAACACAACUUUGUCACGCCACCAUUUUUAAUCGACACAACCACAUGUUUUUUCCUCUGUAAAUGAACACAUUUCAAGAGCUGGGAUUUUUCUAAGUAGAUUAUCUACUGUAGCUUUUUUGGCAGGGUUCUGCUGAUCUGGUUUUAUUUUGUAAUUAUAUUUAUGCACUUUGCUUGUUGUACUUUCGUUCCAUGUGGUGCUGUUGCGUGUCCGCAUGGUAAAUUGUCAUCCCUACUGCUUGUGAUGGCUGAAUAACUUAACAUCAAAGGACAUGAGUCGCCAUUGAACAUUAAGAUGUUGAAUCUUCAUGUCCAAUAGAACAGCCUGCUAAUAAUAACUUUCCAGGAAGAGUUAUUUGGGAAGGAAGUUGAGUUGGGCAUAGUGUUUUAAUGUCUGCCCUAUUCACAAGUCAAAAUGAAUCACUACUGUCAGUCUGUGUUUUAUGAAACACACUGUUGGAAUUAUUUAAAUCUCUGUAUUUAUUUUUGGGCUUGCUAUAUAGAUGAAAUAUUGGUAACUGCCAUUAAACAAUAAAAAAAAAUCCAUAUUUGCUUUUUUUAAAUAA